CCCAUUUAAAACUCCGUCUUGACAAAAUGUCUUUUCUCGGAGUAACUUACGCUCAUCAACAGGAUGAGAAUUUCAAGGAAUUUCUGGACCAACUCCCCAUCCCACCAGAGAAGACUGAGGCUUUUCUAACAUUCAAGCCAACAGCGUUGCUAGAAAAGGAUGGCGACACCUACAUCUCAACCACUAGUACUCCCGCUGGCGAUAAGGUCACGAAAUUCGAAAGUGGAGUUGAGUUCGAGGAAAAAGUUACCGAAGAUCUUGUCUCCAAAUCAACAUACACGGUUGAAGACAAUGUGGUCACCCUUGUCCAGAAAUACCCCGAUGGCAGAUCUAUAACUUACAAGAGAGAAUACAAAGACUAUGAGCUUGUUGUGACCCUCACCUUCAGCGAUUGGGACGGAAUCGCCAAGAGAUACUACGUCGCUAUAUAAUUUAAACAUCGU